AUGAUGUAUAAACCACCCGAACCCAACCCCACGGUAGACAACAAGUUUCGAGUGUUCGCAACAUCAGCGUACUCCGUUUUGGAGCGUUUCUCGAAAAAACACGUAAAUUUCAAUCUCUCGGUCGCGCAACGCCGAGGCCUACUUGAGAUUCGCAAUCUUAUUACAGCUGGAGAGAUCAAGAUCUCCGUUAGUGACAAGGGAGGCGAAUUUGUUGUUCUAUCACGUGAACUAGACAAGGCGAUAACGAGACAACAUCUUGAGGAUGACAGUCUAUAUGUCCCAUCCUCCGCCAAUGAGUUCAGAAAGCAAAAUCGCCGCCUAAACAGGGUUUGGGUAGAAACAGCUGGAACAGCAGGGCUCCCAAAAAACUUUAUUAUACGUCUCAAGAACGACUUACCCGCAUGUCCAGUCUUAUACACGCUAAUCAAAACUCAUAAGCUCUCUGAAAAUGGCCUCACUUCGAACGAUCCACGUGACUUUAAAGUGAGACCUAUCAUUAGUGGUAUCGGGGGCCCCACGGAUAGAAUUUCCUGGCUGCUCAACAUAAUCCUAAAUCAGCUGCUCAAAUAUGUCCCUGUUCACCUCAGCAGUUCUAGCAACUUCCUAAAACAUCACCGCAGUGCCUCGUUUGAGCGUGAAUGUGUAGUAGAGACCUUUGACGUUACGUCACUCUAUACGAACGUUUCAAACGAUGUAGCGAUGCAGGCUGUUCACGAACUGCUCACGCAGCGCCAGGCUUUAUUGAACAUGUUCAUGUACAUACAUACAACAUGGAUUAAGCAUUAG